AAGAUGUGAGUGAAAAAGCAAGUAAAUUUUGAUGGUAAUUAACUCAAAGUCGAAGAGAGUGACUUCACAUGGAACGGUCUCCCAUGUUGAAAAGCUAUCUCAGUCCAUCAGCUUCCCAUAUGCUGUCAAUGUGAAUGCAUAAGAACCCUAGAAACCCUAUCUCUCGUCUCUUUCAAAUCCUAUAUAAAUCAAGCUCAACUGAUCUAAAAAACCCAACCAAAGAACACAAAACCAUGGCUAAAUUCAGUAGCAGUCGAGGCCAGAAGAAGAUCAUUGGCAUGAAAAAGCUCAAUGCUGUGGUUAAACAACUGCAAAAGAGUCUACUCAUGGUGAAAAAACCCAAUUCCUACCACAGAAAAUACGUUCCUGAAGAUGUUGAAGAAGGACAUUUUGCAGUGAUGGCUACAGGCGGCGAUGAAAGAAGAAGAUUCGUUGUCCCGUUGCGUUUCUUAAAUCAGCCUGCAUUUGUGAUCCUCUUGGAACAAGCUGCUGAAGAAUUUGGUUUCAAUCCUGAAGGUGUUCUUACAAUCCCCUGCAGCCCUAGUGAACUUGAGAGGAUACUGGCUGAGGAAUCUGGGUAUCAGGAGGAUUGAAUUAAUUGAGUUUUGUUGGAUAAAUUUGCUUCUUUUUUUUUUUCCUUUUUGUUAUCAUGGAAAUAAUUUAUGAUAGCAGAAGGGUUCUUUUGAAGUUUAUGUAUGUAAUUAA